CCAUCCAUUCCGAUACCCUUUCGCAGUUUACACGACUCCGCGCGCCAUUGAAUUAAGACUCAACUGCCCCACCGAUCAGCAUCGCCAUCCUCUACACUCGUGUCGCACUCAUCCCUCUAUCCCGCAAACAAAAGCGGACUCAACCCGAACAGAGCCCUCGCGCCCGCGACUCACCACCUCAGAGGUCGCAUCCAAACCACACCUCCCAGCACCGAAUUGCGCGUCACAACCUCCUUCCUGGAAGCAAACAUGGCCUCACCCGCCCCCGUUCCCACUGCAACAGCAGGAGGCUCAGUUCCCACGCCCUCCCAAACUCCAACCGCAGCAACAGGAGCAGCAACAGCUACACCCUCGCACCUCCGAGACAUCACGCAGCAACUGAGCGCAGACUCCAACUCCAGCUCCAACCCCAAUCCCAAUGCUACCACCAUCACCACCAACAACACCAAUGCCACCACAAACCCCACCCCAGCACCAACAGCCACAACCACCGCGCCCGCGCCCGCCGGACCAACCCCAGGCACCCCCGGCACCCCCGGAGCCACCGCAUCCCACCCCACAGCACCCACAACCACAACGACAACAACAAACGGAGCCACCGCACCCUCCACCACUGACCCGACCCCAGCCCCAGCACAAACAGAAGCAACCGCAUCAUCAACAUCAACAACAGCCCCCUCAACCGCCAACCGCGGCCUACCAUACUACGAGAAACUCCGCCGCGAACUGCGCGACACCCUACAAAAGAAACGCCUAAUGGAUAAGAGCAUGGCCCAACUCGAAGACCAAAUCUACCGCUUCGAACAAUCCUACCUCGAAGAAACCACCGCCGGCAACAUCAUCAAGGGCUUCGACAAUUACAUCAAGGGCUCCUCGACCGGCGGCGGACUAGGCGCUGGCGGACUCUCGCUGUCCUCCGGGGUCGGAGGUGGAAGUGGUGGGGGAGGUGCUGGUGCUGGUGGAGGAGGCAGUGGAGGCGGCGGCGGCGGUGCGCGACGGAAGGCGCCCGUCACCGAGGCCGACCGCGUGUUCUCGAGGAGUUCGGCGAGUUAUAUGCGGGACUCCCCCGCCCCAUCAUCCGCCCAGACAACCCCUUCGCACGCGCCCACGCCUAAUUCCACCUACAACGGCUCCUCGACCGGCAAACCCGGGAACAACGGAGACGCCUCCUCUGCGGCAAAUAGCGUCAAGGGGCAGUCGUCCAAAAACAAAAAGAAAUCCGGCGGGAAUAAGGAUAAGUCUACGGCGAACAGUAACAACAACAAAGACAACAACAACAAUAACGAUGAGGAUGCGACGGAUGGGGAUCGGCCGCCGACGAAGCGCUUGAAGAUCACUUAUGGUCGGGACUAGUUUCGUGGUGUAUGGACGGUCUGGGUUUGUUGUUACUAGGAGUUUGAUUCUCUUGAUACGGAGCUUUGGCGCGGAGAAGAAUACAAGCUAGCUCGAUUUUCUGGUUCUUUUUUGUCUUGGUAUGGCAAGGAUGGCUGUGUUCAUCUUUGCGGCGGGGUGCUGUCUGUAUCUUACUUUCGUGAUAUCCUCUUGUGCUGUACUGUACCAUAAC